AUGAAUCAGUGGCGUCGCUUCCAGUUCUUCGAGGACCGCUCGCCCGUCGGGCCGCUAGCCGACGCGCUCGCGCAGGGCGUGCGGUGCGGUGCGGGAGGCCGAGGCCGACUAGCCGUUGGCACGGAGAGCGGCUCGGUUCUGCUGCUAGAUCGGUCGCUGCAUGUUCGGCGAAGCUUCGUGGCUCAUGAAGGUCCCGUGGCGUUUCUACACCUGUUCAAGCAACGUAGCUGUCUGUUGACAGUGGGCAAGGAGGCAAGGGGAGCAGCUGUGGUGCUGUGGGAUUUGGACAAGACUGCUGCUCCUGCUGUUGCGGGUGCCGGUGCUUCUUCAGGUGCUUCAGGCGCAGCAGUAGCACUGGAGGGGGGUGCCCCGGUGCCUUUACGGACGUAUAACAUCUUCUCAGACGCCUUUCCUGCUGCACAGAUCACAACCUGUGCAAUCCGCGAGGCUCCUCAGCUAGGCUACCUCCUGGCCGUUGGAUUGGCCACAGGAGCCGUUGAUGUGCUGCUCGCAGAUUCCUCCAUGCGGAUCAAACGGCUGAGAAUCCCCCCCAACAGCAGCCAGGGGCAAGGCGGGGCAGGGGGAGCGGGCGGAGUGGGGGGAGCAGGGGGGAGAGAGGGUGCGGGGGAAGGCGGAGGGGGAGGGGGAGGGGGUGGAGAUGCGCUAGGUGUUGGGGAAGGGAGAGGAGGUAUAGCAGCAGGAGGAGCCGGAGCAGGAGCAAGAGGGAGGAGCGAGCACUCGUCAUCCUCCUCACACUCCUCCCCUUCUACCUCUGCCUCUGCUUCUGUUUUGCCUUCAACUGCCAGAGCUCUCCCCCCCGUUGCAGUCACAGGGCUGGGGUUCCGGAUCCUGGACUCAGGCCCGCAGCUCUUUAUAGUCACGGGCGAGACAGUCACACUGUACACGCUACCCAGUGGCAUGUUUGGGGCUGCAGCGGAGGGAGGAUGGGCGGGGAAGGGAGGUGGAGGAGGAGGGGGAGGGGGAGGAGGGUGGGGGGUAGUGCUGGAGGAGAGAGGAGGGGAUGUGUUCUGCUCUGCCAUGACUGAUACCCAGGAUCUGGUGGUGGCACAGCCCCUUCUACUGGAUCUGGUGGUGGCGCGCCCAGAAGCCUUCUACUGUUUCAAUGAGGAUGGCCCGGGGGCGUGCUUUGGGCUGGACGGCCCCAAGCACCGCCUCGCCUGCCUGCGAGGCUACCUGCUCUGCCUGCACUCGCCGCCCUCCCCUCCUCCUACUGCUGCUGCCUCUGCUGCUGCUGGUGGCCCGGCAACAACCGCUGGUGGUGGCGGCAGCAGUGGCAGCGGCGGUGGUGGCGGCGGUGGGGAUUCUGGAAAGCAGCAGCACCACCAGCAGCAGCAACAUCAUCAGCAGCAGAAGAUGGUCCUAUCAGUGUAUGACACGCGCAACAAGCUGGUGGUCCACUCUGCGCCGCUCACCCCCGCCGCCUCUCUCCUCGCGCCCCUGCUGCUGCUGUGCGAGGGAGGCGCCGUGGUGCUCCUCUCCCUGCACAGGCGAGGCGAUGGCGCGGGAGGGGGAGGAGAUGCAGGAGGGGUCUCAGCAGGAGGAGGAGGAGGCGGAGGAGGGGGAGGGGCAGGAGGAGGAGCAACAGGAGGAGGAGGAGCAACGGGAGGGGGAGGGACAGUGCGAGUGGAGGCGAGGGGGUUGCUGGUGGUGGAGAGGGACAUGUCUUGGAAGCUGGAAGCACUGUUUCGCAAGGGGCUCUACUCCAGUGCUCUCGACCUGGUGGUGUCCCAAGGGGGGGAUGCUGCUGCCACGGCUGAGGUUCUGAGACGAUACGGGGAUCAUCUGUAUGCCAAGCAGGUGAGACGAUACUGGGAUCAUCUGUAUGCCAAGCAGGUGAGACGAUACUGGGAUCAUCUGUAUGCCAAGCAGGUGAGAAACGGGUGUGGGUGGUGGGGCUCUGUUGUGUUAAGUCCUGUAUGCAAAGCAGCAGCAGCUGCUGGUGGUGGAGAGGGACAUGGCAUGGAAGCUGGAGGCGCUCUUUUGCAAGAGGCGUGGUCUGAUCAGCUGUAUGCCAAGCGGGGAGGGGAUGCUGCUGCCACGGCUGGAGUUUUGAGGCGCUUCGGGGGCCAUCUAACUCUGAACUAUGAGGAGACGAUGGGGCAGUACGAGCGCACCAUCGGGCAGGUGGAGCCGUCAGGAGACUAUGAGGAAGCAAUGGGACAGUACGAGCGAACCAUUGGCCAGGACUAUGAGGAGGCAAUGGGGCAGUACGAGAGGACCAUUGGCCAGGUGGAGCCGUCAUACGUGAUUCAGCGCUACCUGCACGCACAGCGCUUGAGUCUGCUCGCGCGGUACCUGGAGCGGCUGCAUGAUAAGGGGAGAGGGUUAGAGAGGGUUGGAGGGUUAGAGAGGGUUGGAGGGUUAGAGAGGGUUGGAGGGUUAGAGAGGGUUGGAGGGUUAGAGAGGGUUGGAGGGUUAGAGAGGGUUGGAGGGUUAGAGAGGGUUGGGCUCGCCCGCUACCUGCACGCCCAGCGCUUGAGCCUGCUCGCUCGGUACUUGGAGCGGCUGCACGAUAAGGGCGUGGCCACUCCGGACCACACCACCCUGCUUAUCAACUGCUUCUCCCGCCUCAAGUCGACUCAAAACACUGCUACUCUCUCCCGUACUGAGCCACUGCGCAUCCCAUCCCUCCAAACCCAUGUGACUCAAAACACUGCUACUCUCUCCCGUACUGAGCCACUGCGCAUCCCAUCCCUCCAAACCCAUGUGCACCGUUCUCUCUUUCCCGCCCACCAGGACGUCUCCAAACUGGAUGCCUUCGUUUGGGCGGGCAUUGAUGCUCCCUCCUCCAAUACCCACUCCAUUGAACCAGCAACCACAACCAGUCUCAUGCUGCACUCCUGCCCAUCCCUCCACACCCACAUGCACCGCUCUCCCAUACCCGCUUACCAGGACGUCUCUAAACUGGAUGCCUUCGUCCGGGCGGGCUUCGAUUCCCCUUCCUCCGAUACCCACUCCAUCGAACCAGCAACCACAGACAGGCCCACACCUUCCUCUGCCUCCACUCUCCCCCUCUCCCUCUCCCUCUCACUCCCUCACUCCUCCUCCUCUCCCACCCUCCCAUACGAUCCCGACACGGUGAUCCAAGUCUGCUGUUCCGCCGGGUAUUACAGCCAGGCUCUUUUCGUAGCUCAGCGCGCCGCUAAGCAUUCCGCUUACCUAAAAAUCCUGGUGGAGGAUCUACACCGCUAUGCUGACGCGCUGGCCUUCAUUUCCGCCCUUCCUGACCGGGCGAAAAUUGUUUCGGCUGCCCGGGAAUACGGGCCGGUGCUGGCGGCUCACCUGCCCGAGGAAACGAUUUCUUUGUUCUUAGAGCUCUGCACGGGAUUCGGGAGCAGCAGAGACAGAGGGGGGAUGGGAAUCGGUACUGGCUUAACAGGUGGGGAAGGAUCAGGGGGAACUGGAGCAGGCCCCUCUCGGUUUAGGGAUAACAGAGAGUCUGCCUCUCCUCGCCCCAGCCCUGGUGCUUCUUCAGGGACGGCCAUAGUAACGAGGGAUGGCCUCCUCUUCCUGUACGAGAGAAUGCGGCUCUUCAAGGAGGCCCUGGCGAUGCACAUGCGGGAGGGCGACAGCAAGGGGCUCAUUGCUGCGUGCAAGCGGCUGGGGGAUGCGGGGAGGGGGGGAGAUCCGAGUGUGUGGGCGGACGUUGUGAGGUACCUGGGGGAACGGGGGGAGGCGUGCGGGGAGGAGGUGGCGGAGGUGUUGAGUGCGGUGGAGAGGGGUAACCUGCUGCCGCCGCUGCUGGUGCUGCAGACUCUCUCGCGCAGCCCGCACAUCACGGUGGGGGAGAUACGGGACUAUGUGUCGCGGCACUUGCAGCAGGAGACAGCCAUUAUUGAGGAGGACAGGCGGGCGAUUGAGAAAUACCAGCACGAGACUGACAAGUACAGGAAAGAUCUGCACCAGCUCCUGACCGAACCUCUCGUCUUCCAGUCCUCCCGCUGUGCCGAGUGCAACUCGCCACUCGACCUCCCCGCCGUCCACUUCUUUUGUCUGCAUGCGUUCCACCUGCGCUGCCUUGCCGACCCAACCACGGCAGUAGCCGCCGCUACAGCCGCGGCUGCUGCCUCAAUGGCAGGUGACGUGGGGGGGGUGAGUGGGGGCGGAGGGGUGAUGGGAGGAGGCAUGGGAGGGGGAGGGUACGGCGGGGGAAGAGCGGGGGGGUAUGGAGGAGGGAUGGGAGAUGUAGGAGAGGGAGGAGAGGAAGGAGAGGGAGGGGAGGGAGGGGAGGGAGGGGAGGGAGGGAUGGAGUGCCCCAAGUGUGCGGCAUCAUACCGGGUGGUGAGGGAGAUGCGGGUGGGGCUGAGGCAGAGUGCGGCGGACCACGACCGCUUCUUCCAGGAGCUGCAUGACGCCCGCGACGGCUUUGGUGUUGUCGCUCUCUACUUUGGCCGCGGUCUCGUGCGCGCGGAAGACGCCUUGUAG